CCAAGUGGCCAAGGCCCAUGCCCAGGCCCCUGGGGGCAUCCAGAACAUCUCUGACUGGUCCGGAGCCCGAGGAAGAGGAGGCCUGGAAGGUGCAGCAUGGAGACCAGUGCCCCCCAUCCAGCCUCCUAGUUGGGAGAGCAGCCAGCUUGCCGCCCCCACCCCUCCCAGGGCUACUUAGGGAAGGGCCUACCCAAUAUGGAGGCUGGACGCUGCCUCUGCUGAGCCUCUGUCUGCUCCUCUGCCCUCCACGCCCGGCCUCAGCUGGCUCAGCCGUGCAAUGCUGAGCGGUAGGGCGGGCCUGGGGCCAGCCGGCCUCAGCACGGGGCAAGCACCGUGGGCAUCAUGGGGGUGUGCGUGAGCGGGGCUCCUGGGUGAGACCUGGCCCCCGCCCCCAGGAGCUCGAGGGGGGCGGGGGGCUGAGGCUAGGAUGGCUCGGGGCGGGCUGGCAGCAGAGGAGGCCUCCCUGCGCUCCAACGCACUGUCCUGGCUGGCCUGUGGGCUCCUGGCUCUGCUGGCCAACGCCUGGAUCAUCCUGAGCAUCUCGGCCAAGCAGCAGAAGCACAAGCCACUGGAGUUGCUGCUCUGCUUCCUGGCGGGCACGCACAUCCUCAUGGCGGCCGUGCCCCUCACCACCUUCGCCGUGGUGCAGCUGCGGCGCCAGGCUUCAUCUGACUACGACUGGAACGAGAGCAUCUGCAAGGUCUUCGUGUCCACCUACUACACGCUGGCUCUGGCCACCUGCUUCACGGUCGCGUCGCUCUCCUACCACCGCAUGUGGAUGGUGCGCUGGCCUGUCAACUACCGCCUGAGCAAUGCCAAGAAGCAGGCGCUGCACGCCGUCAUGGGUAUCUGGAUGGUCAGCUUCAUCCUCUCCACGCUGCCCUCCAUCGGCUGGCACAACAACGGCGAGCGCUACUACGCCCGAGGCUGCCAGUUCAUCGUCUCCAAGAUCGGCCUCGGCUUCGGCGUCUGCUUCAGCCUCCUGCUCCUCGGGGGCAUCGUCAUGGGGCUGGUCUGUGUGGCCAUCACCUUCUACCAGACGCUGUGGGCUCGGCCCCGGAGGGCUCGGCAGGCCCGGAGAGCGGGGGGCCGUGGCGGGGCCAAGGCAGGGGGGCCGGGAGGAGGCUUGGGAACCCGGCCAGCUUUUGAGGUGCCUGCCAUUGUGGUGGAGGAUGCCCGUGGGAAGCGGCGGUCCUCUCUGGACGGCUCCGAGUCGGCCAAGACAUCCCUGCAGGUCACCAACCUGGUCAGCGCCAUCGUCUUUCUCUAUGACUCGCUCACGGGGGUGCCCAUCUUGGUGGUGAGUUUCUUCUCGCUCAAGUCGGACUCGGCUCCACCGUGGAUGGUGCUGGCUGUGCUCUGGUGUUCCAUGGCACAGACCCUGCUGCUGCCCUCCUUCAUCUGGUCCUGUGAGCGCUACCGCGCCGACGUGCGCACCGUGUGGGAGCAGUGUGUGGCCAUCAUGUCGGAGGAGGACGGCGAUGACGAUGGGGGCUGUGAUGACUAUGCAGAUGGCCGCCUGUGCAAAGUUCGCUUUGAUGCUAACGGGGCCACAAGCCCUGGGGGCCGGGACCCCACCCAGGUGAAGCUGCUGCCUGGAAGACACAUGCUCUUUCCCCCUCUUGAGAGAGUCCAUUACUUACAGGUCCCUCUGUCCCGCCGUCUGUCCCACGAUGAGACCAACAUCUUCUCGACUCCUCGGGCACCGGGCUCCUUCCUACACAAGUGGUCAUCCUCCGACGACAUCCGGGUCCUCCCAGCUCAGAGCCGGGCCCUUGGAGGCCCCCCCGAGUACCUGGGACAGAGACACAGGCUGGAGGACCAGGAGGAUGAGGAUGAGGCUGAAGGCGGGGGGCUGGCCAGCCUUCGGCAGUUUCUGGAGAGCGGGGUUCUGGGGUCAAGUGGGGGACCACCGCGGGGUCCCGGUUUCUUCCGGGAAGAGAUCACCACCUUUAUCGACGAGACGCCUCUGCCUUCCCCGACUGCCUCCCCGGGACCCUCUCCUCGUCGGCCCCGGCCACUGGGCCUCUCGCCCCGCCGACUCUCCCUGGGGUCUCCCGACAGCAGAGCUGUUGGACUUCCCCUGGGGCUCAGUACAGGGAGACGUUGCUCCCUGACAGGGGGGGAGGGGGCUGCAAGGGUUUGGGGAGGGUCUUGGGGCCCAGGGAACCCCAUCUUCCCCCAGCUGACUCUCUGAGCCCACUGGGCCUGCUGGACUUGAAGGAGGGGCCUGGGUAAGUAACCCUCACUCCAGCUGCCUCCAGACUCUGGGGAGAUGGGACUAGAGACGGGAAGCGGGCUCCGAAGCCCCUGCACUCUCCCAUCCCAGUGACCAGCUGCCCUGCUCUCCUUUCACCACCCUUAGCGAAAUGUAUUAAAGGCUGACAUGUUG